CGGGAAGUCCCCCUCCCGCCAGGCCGCCUCUCAGGCAGACUUGCUCUCCGCUGUCUCUGCGCUCCGCCUCCUGGCUUCUGCCACCUGGACGGGCGACGCCGGGUGACCGGAGCGCGAGGAUUAAGCGGGUGGGAAGGUGUGAGCCGCAAACCCAGAGGAGGGCGGGAAGGAGGAGGAGGAGGCCCCGGGCGUGGUCAGGGGGACUGGGGAUCCCGUCAGCAGAGGUCCCUGGGCAGCCCGACUGACUGACGGGCUGACUGACUGUAGCGACCUCCGGUCCGGACUCUCGGAGCGGAGCGGCGCGGUGAACGGAGCCAUGGCCUCAGGUGGGUUUAACCCAUGUAUAGAGAUAAUUGAACAACCCAGGCAAAGGGGAAUGCGUUUUAGAUACAAAUGUGAAGGGCGAUCAGCAGGCAGCAUUCCAGGGGAGCACAGCACAGACAACAACAGAACAUACCCAUCCAUCCAGAUUUCGAACUAUUAUGGAAAAUUAAAAGUGAGAAUUACAUUAGUAACAAAGAAUGACCCAUAUAAACCUCAUCCUCAUGAUUUAGUAGGAAAAGACUGCAGAGAUGGCUACUAUGAAGCAGAAUUUGGGCAAGAACGCAGGCCUUUGUUUUUUCAAAAUUUGGGUAUUCGAUGUGUGAAAAAAAAAGAAGUAAAAGAAGCUAUUAUUUCAAGAAUAAGGGCAGGAAUCAAUCCUUUCAAUGUCCCUGAACAACAGCUGCUUGAUAUUGAAGAUUGUGACCUCAACGUGGUGAGAUUAUGUUUUCAAGUUUUCCUCCCUGAUGAACAUGGUAAUUUGGCAACUGCUCUACCUCCUGUUGUCUCCAAUCCAAUUUAUGACAACCGUGCUCCUAAUACUGCAGAAUUAAGGAUUUGUCGUGUAAACAAGAACUGUGGAAGUGUCAAAGGAGGAGAUGAAAUAUUUCUACUCUGUGACAAAGUUCAGAAAGAUGACAUAGAAGUUCGGUUUGUGUUGAAUGAGUGGGAAGCAAAAGGUGUCUUUUCACAAGCUGAUGUACACCGUCAAGUAGCCAUUGUUUUCAAGACUCCACCAUACUGCAAAGCUAUAACGGAACCGGUAACAGUAAAGAUGCAGUUGCGGCGACCUUCUGAUCAGGAAGUUAGUGAAUCUAUGGAUUUUAGAUACUUGCCAGAUGAAAAGGACACAUAUGGAAAUAAAGCAAAGAAACAAAAAACAACUCUGCUUUUCCAGAAACUGUGGCAGGAUUGUGGAGUUAAUUUUCCUGAAAGACCUAGACCUAGCCCCCUAGGACCAACUGGAGAAGCAAGAUUCAUCAAAAAAGAACCAAACUUGUUUUCUCAUGGUGCAGUUUUGCCAGAAACUUCCAGGCCUGUUUCAAGUCAAGCAGAAUCCUACUAUUCUUCCUCUGCGUCCAUCUCAAGUACAUUGUCACAUCCUGCUUCAGCCAUACUACCAAUGGGUACUCAGUCUUCUUCAGGCUGGUCAUCAAUCGCCCACCCCACCUCACGCUCAGUUAAUACGAAUUCACUGAGUGGUUUUUCAACAGGGACACUCUCCUCUAAUUCACAAGUUAUCCCACCAUUCCUGGAAAUGAGUGAUCUGAAUGCUUCUAGUGCUUGUAUUUAUAACAAUACUAAUGACAUAGGUAGAAUGGAAGCAUCAUCCGUAUCACCAGCUGACUUAUAUGGUAUUUCUGAUGCCAGCAUGCUGCCUAACUGCCCUGUGAACAUGAUAACACCCAGUAAUGACAGCAUGAGGGAGACUGAUAAUCCGAGACUCGUGAGCAUGAAUCUUGAAAAUCCUUCUUGUAAUUCAGUGUUAGACCCAAGAGACUUGAGACAGCUCCACCAGAUGUCUUCUUCCAGCAUGUCAACAGUCACCAGUUCUAGUACUGCUGCUUUUGUUGCACAGUCAGAGGCAUUUGAUGGAUCUGACUUUAAUUGUGCAGAUAACAGUAUGAUAAAUGAGGCAGGACCAUCAAACGGUACUAAUGCAAACAGUCAUAACUUUGGUCAAAAUAGUCAGUAUUCAGGUAUUGGAGCUAUGCAGAAUGAACAAUUGAAUGACUCAUUUCCAUUUGAAUUUUUUCAAGUUAACUUGUAAGAUAUAAAUGUUGAGAGAAAGAGAGAAGUCGCUCAGUCAUGUCCGACUCUGCGACCCCACGGGCUGUAGCCUACCAGGCUCCUCCGUCCAUGGGAUUUUCCAGGCAAGAGUAUUGGAGUGGGUUGCCAUUUCCUUCUCCAGGAGAUCUUCCUGACCCAGGGAUCGAACCCGGGUCUCCUGCAUUGCAGGCAUAUAAAUGGUGAUUCAAGAAUUAAAUCCUUUUGAAGGUAACUAUUUUGAUGCUACCUUUAUAUAUGCUACCUUUAUAUGCUAUUUUGACGCUACCUUUAUAUAUCAGUCAAGUUUCCUUGACUGAUGCCAUACCACAUUCAUAGACCCUUGGACCCUUGAACAACAUAGGUUUGAACUGUGUGGGCAGGUCCCCUUAUAUGCAGAUUUUCUUUACUAUGUCACAGUUGGAGGUUGGUUGAAUUCAUGGAUACAGAACCAUAGAAACAGAGGGCCAACUAUACAGUUUUUUUUUUUUUUAACAGUUUUUUUUUUUUUUAAUUGGAAUAUAAUUGCUUUACAAUGUUGUGUUAGUCCAACUGUAGAGUUUUAAACACAAAUUUUUCACUGUAGUGUCAGUACAGUGUUAGUACCCCAACCCCCAUGUUGUUCAAGGGUCAGCUGUAUUUAUAACUAGGUAUGUAAGGGGUUCCUCCAACAGGCAAUUUUGGCUUGGGAGCUUCUUGUUUUGCUGAGACAGAUCUUUUUGAAAUACAACAAAUGCUCAGUGCUUGAAGCUGUAGCCAAAAGAGAGGGAGGAACUCAUUUCCUAACUUCAGGAAGAGUUACAAAAAGUCUAGUAUUCAUUUACAGAAGCCUUUUGCUUCAAAAGUAGAUAAAUCCGACAGACUGAACUCCUGGGCUAUGAUGCAUUGUGGAGUCCUACAUACAAAAAAAGUUUACAUAAACCAAUGUAUGAUAAAUCUGACAUAUUAAAUAUUGAAUAAAAUCAAUUUUUCCAUUUAAAAAAA